AUGAGGCGGAAAGAGAAGCGGCUUCUGCAGGCGGUGGCGCUGGUGCUGGCGGCCCUGGUCCUUUUACCCAACGUGGGGCUCUGGGCGCUGUACCGCGAACGACAGCCCGACGGCACCCCUGGGGGAUCUGGGGCGGCGGUGCCCCCUGCGGCCGGACAGGGAUCACACAGUCAGCAAAAGAAAGUAUUUUUCUUGGGAGAUGGACAAAAGCUGAAGGACUGGCACGACAAAGAAGCCAUCAGGAGGGAUGCGCAACGUGUAGGAAAUGGAGAACAGGGCAGACCUUACCCCAUGACUGAUGCUGAGAGAGUGGAUCAGGCAUACCGAGAAAAUGGAUUUAACAUCUACGUCAGUGAUAAAAUUGCCCUGAAUCGCUCUCUCCCUGAUAUUCGGCACCCAAACUGCAACAACAAACGCUACCUGGAGACACUCCCCAACACCAGCAUCAUCAUCCCCUUCCACAAUGAGGGCUGGUCCUCCCUCCUCCGCACCGUCCACAGCGUGCUGAACCGCUCACCCCCGCAGCUGAUCGCCGAGAUCGUGCUGGUCGAUGACUUCAGUGAUCGAGAGCACCUGAAGAAGCCACUUGAAGACUACAUGGCCCAUUUCCCCAGUGUGAGGAUUCUCCGAACCAAAAAACGGGAAGGGCUGAUAAGGACUCGAAUGCUGGGGGCCUCAGCAGCCUCUGGAGAUGUUAUCACAUUCUUGGACUCACACUGUGAAGCCAAUGUCAACUGGCUCCCUCCCUUGCUCGACCGCAUUGCUCGGAACCGCAAGACCAUCGUGUGCCCAAUGAUUGAUGUGAUUGACCAUGACGACUUUCGAUAUGAGACCCAAGCGGGGGAUGCCAUGCGGGGUGCCUUUGACUGGGAGAUGUACUAUAAGCGGAUCCCAAUCCCUCCGGAACUGCAGAAAGCUGACCCCAGCGACCCAUUUGAGUCUCCCGUGAUGGCCGGUGGACUGUUCGCUGUGGAUCGGAAGUGGUUCUGGGAGCUGGGCGGAUACGACCCAGGCCUGGAGAUCUGGGGAGGAGAACAGUAUGAAAUCUCAUUCAAGGUCUGGAUGUGUGGGGGCCGCAUGGAGGACAUCCCCUGCUCCAGGGUAGGCCAUAUCUACAGGAAGUAUGUACCCUACAAGGUCCCGGCUGGAGUCAGCCUGGCCCGGAACCUGAAGCGGGUGGCGGAAGUGUGGAUGGACGAGUUCGCUGAGCACAUCUACCAGCGCCGGCCAGAGUACCGCCACCUCUCCGCUGGGGACGUAGCCGCCCAGAAAAAGCUCCGCAGCUCCCUGAACUGCAAGAGUUUCAAGUGGUUUAUGACCAAGAUCGCCUGGGACCUGCCCAAAUUCUACCCGCCCGUGGAGCCCCCAGCGGCCGCUUGGGGAGAGAUUCGUAAUGUGGGCACAGGACUGUGUACAGACACAAAGCACGGGGCUGUGGGCUCCCUGCUGAGGCUGGAGAGCUGUGUCCGAGGCCGCGGAGAGGCCGCCUGGAACAACAUGCAGGUGUUCACCUUCACCUGGAGAGAGGACAUCCGGCCUGGCGACCCCCAGCACACCAAGAAGUUCUGCUUUGAUGCCAUCUCCCACACCAGCCCAGUCACCCUCUAUGACUGCCACAGCAUGAAGGGCAACCAGCUGUGGAAGUACCGCAAAGACAGGACCCUGUACCAUCCGGUCAGCAGCAGCUGCAUGGACUGCAGUGAAAGCGACCACAGGAUCUUCAUGAACGCCUGCGAUCCCUCCUCUCCCACCCAGCAGUGGCUGUUCGAACACACCAACUCGACGGUCUUGGAAAUAUUCAAUAGGAACUGAGCCCACACAUCCCCUCAGCAGGCAUGGCAGGGUCUUCCCUGGCACUUACUACAGACUUCCUCUCCCGAGAGAGGCAGGGCUUCCGCGGCCACCAUGGUGUAAAGGUGCUGGCCAACCUGUUCGGGGCGAAGAGGGCUCUCGACGCUGGACCGAGGUGCCUGCCUGGUCCUUGAGGCCUGAGUUAUGGAGGCAGCGUGGAAGCUGACCCCCCACGAGAAUGCAGAGACUGCUUUAACCCUUGAUGGCAUCAUGGAAAUCCAGGAGGGCCUUUUCAACUUUGUCACCAUGUUCCCUUGAGCAUAUGCAGGAGAAAUACCAGGGCAGCCACAGGCCACCCAAAAAUGAGUCCUACAAAGUCACCUGGCCUUCAGAUGGCUCACACGUGAUGGUCUUUAGAAAGAGGCAAAUUUUGCCUGUUUGGGCCACUUUUAGCACUUUGGCCACCCAACUGCAGUAGAGGAAAAGGAAAGAAGUCUUUCUUGGGGUCACUGGUUUUAGUCUUUUAGUGUUUGCCUGUCGUGGGGGUAACUGUAGUUACUGUCCAGCUUCUGUUCUCUGUCACAGCCCCAGGUGACGCAGCUGAUGGCCAUACUUGGGGCCCUCAGAGUUUUUAGUACUGAACACUGGCCAGCAGCCAGGCCUAGGGUCAGAAGCUGGACCCUCAGAUGUUCCUUUGUUGCUGUGGUCAUACGGAAUGUCUCCCCGUGCUCUCUGGGUACUUGAAAUGCCCAUUUUAGGGCCCUCCAGGCACGAGGAUAGCCCAGCCAGCAGCUUUUCAGGAUCGUGUUUCAGAUGGCCUUGGGCCCUUGGAAAAGGCUUAGUAGGAAAUCUCCAUACUAGAAAUUCUGGCUGAAUUUCCAUCAGUGCUUCCAUUGCUUUGAGCUCUCUCUCUCUCUCGCUUGCUAGCUCGCUCUCUUGUGCGCGUGCGCGUGCUCUCUCUCUCUCUCUUGCUCUCUCUCUUUCUCUCUCUCGCUCGCUCGCUCUCUCUCUCUCUCUCUCGCUCUCUCUCUCUCUCUCUCUUCUCUCGCUCUCUCUCUCGCUCUCGCUCUCUCGCUUGCUCUCUCUCUCUUCUGGCAAUUACCUGCCUCAAGAGUGGUAUGAAGUGUUCACCUCACAAAGUCUGGAGGCCUCCAGGGUGGACCAUGGCCAAGAUGUCUAGCCUCUGACCUCAUCACGAUUCUAGUUCUCAUAGAGAACGCUAGAAUAGAGAACUCUAUAAUUUGAUCACAAACUAGAAUGCCACAUAGGAUUCUGGUAUUCUAGCAUCCAAUAUGGAUUUCUAGAAUAUUGUGAAUAAAGGAGCCAACCAGAUACAAUACAGUCAAGGCAGCCCCCAGCCUAGAGACAGUCUGUGAAAUCCCAGGCUGGCGGUGUUGGGGGAGGUAGGAGACUGGGUCCAUCAGCUCCUCCCAGAGGCCUUCAUAUGACAUGGUCCUCAACACAGACCUGAAGCCCUGCAACCUCCCGUCAUCAUCACAGCUGCAGCGAAGAAAACCUAAUGUCCCAGGAACAGAUGCAUACCCAGCUCCAUGCCAGUUCUGCCUGUUUACUUUUUGUUUUGUUAAUUAUGUGUCAGACUCCCAGAGGGCUCCCAAACUAAUAGGAAGCAUUUCUGUAACCAGCCUGCCACCCACUGGUUCUAAAAUGGAAAUCUCAUUCUACAACCUAUGGCUUCCAUUAGCUGGCCCAGGAAAUACUCGAAAUCAGUAUUCCAAUUAGAGUUGGGUCUCUCGAUUGUGUCAUUUACCAAUUAAAUAACUGAGACAUAAAUCUGGGAACAGAGCCACGAAUCUGCCUUUGAGAUGCUGGCUGAUCUCAAGGCCAUCAGUGAUCUGAGGGGAUAAGCACCCCCGGCCACGCCCCCCCUGAUUAAGCAUGCAGCUGGCAAAGCAUCGCUUCCACUUCUGCCCUCACACAAGCCCCUGCUCUGGCCACCUGUCUGCAGGAGAGGCGGCCCCUGUGCUUGCAAAGCUUGCUUGUCGAGCCCUAGAGUCUUUUCCAAAUGAGUGUUAGAUCUUUAGACGUGGCCCUCAACAGGAAGGAGUCCAAAGAUGAGGCCCCUUCCUGAAUCUAGGAUAACAAGACUGUUGCUAUUUGGAGAGUCAUGUUAGGAUUCAUUAUCGGAGAGCAAUGCAGCAUCAUUAAAAUAAAAACUGUGCCUUUUAAAAAGAAAAAAAUGCAAAUGUACAGCAAAUCCCUAAACUUGAACCAUUUCCUAGUGCCUUGCUAGACAAAUAUAAGGGGGGAGGCAUUUUUGGUGGUGUGUGUGGUUCCUACUGGAUGAGUGUGUGUUUGUUAAUGUCCAAUUUCAAGCAGGAGACGUUGAGCCUAGAAUAGGGCCCGAGGUGGAGGUGCCCACCAAGGGCAGAGGCCAGCCGUUAGCGUUCUUGUCAGUGACACUCCAGAUUAGAAGGGCAGCUGGACAGCUCGUUUAGUCUGGCAUAAAAGGGCCUCGGCAGCCCCUGGGAGAGGGCCCUGUUUGGGAGCCAUGCCUAUAGUCCCCCAUUGCAGCCCCCAGUCAGUACAGAGCACCGGCUGGAUUUCCAAGUCGUCCCACUCCAAGUGGGCGAUGCUAUUCUCGGCGUGACCAGGACUCGUGUGGAAAGCAGGAGCAACAGCAACCAGCCCUCAGCCUUCCCCUCUCUUAUCCUUUGGGUCUCCUUUUGAGUCCGGUUUCCCACACUCAGCAAGGGACAGGCAGGUCCUCAGCACUCUGACGUCUGUCAUUGCUAAGCCCACAUCUGCAGGUGCUGGCAGUUGACAAAGUGUGUAAUAGGAGAUUUAAGGAGAUAAGUUCAUUGCUUAGCUGACCAACUGGCUGAUUGUAAAUACUGUCCACUCAUUGUUCUGGCCUCAUUUUUGAAAUCCAGCUGCCUCAAGGAUUCAGGUUCCUGCUCACACUCCCAGCUGAUGCCCAAAUAAAACAGCCAGGAGCCCAUAGAGAGGCUGUCAUCCAGGUAAGGGGUGAGAAUGUGAGCCCCUUUAUCUCUAAAACCUUUAUCCUGAGCAUGAAGUCACAAAACAAAGGAGUGGCUAGAAAGUAUGACUGUGUGAACCACCAGCAGUCUUUCCAAAGGGGGACUCCAGAAACAUUUCGGCCUACAAAGAGCAUCUUUACUAUGAGUGCAAGGCCUUUGGAGGUGGCUACACGUGCAAGCACAUGUGUGAAAAGCCAUCCCACCUUAUGCUUCCAGUUGGAGCUUUUAACUUUUAAAACAGUCCAGAAACUGUCAGUUCUCCCCUUUAGGGAAAAAUAGCUCAGAGGCAGAAGGGGCUACAUCUGUAGAAGAGAUCUGAUAGUAGAUGUGACAUUAGGUCGAGAAGAGAAAGCAGUUCUUAUUAAAGAUGGGGCAUAUGCAUUCCCAAAGUCCACAUUAUAUUCACUUUUCAAACCUCCUACCCGUUGAUUUCUUUUUCUUCUUAAGAAAUAGGUGAUGUCCUUUAAAGUGGCUUCAUAUUUCUGUGUCUCUCCAUUUUCCUAAUCUCCGGAGUCUCACAAGAGUGGCAAAGCACUUUACAGUAGAAACCGAGACAUCUGGAGCCCUUGCUUCAAUGAUCCUUACUUUGUACAGAUUGGAUGAUCUCAUAAUUCAUAUGAAGCAGUACAUUUUUAAUGUUUUCUGAAGAUUUCUAAGUGUGAGAGAGGGGCAAGGAGUGCAGUUCUGUUCUGGAUUUUUUUUUCUGCUUUUAACUGAUGCCCUUUGUGAAAAUCCAAGUUAUAUUUCAGUUCAAACUUGAUCUUGAGCCAAGGCUCACUGCCACUUACAUUCCAAGUCACAAGGUCCUCUUAACAUUCUCUCCCAAAAUGGCUUUGACUCAGCCAUACGAGACAGCAGGAUCGGGCUCCUGUUUUGUUUGGUCUUGAAGAUGGGUUGGGGACUUCAGGCAGGGACUAUUCGAAAAGUUAGACCAAGAUUCCACAGAGAAAGCUCAAGACUGCCAUCCUGUCUUCUCCUGCCUGGAAGAGUGAGCCUUUGUGAAGAACUGACUUACAUGUACAAUUGUGAUUGUGAUUGUGGUUGAGUAAACCUCCAGACUUUCUGUAA